AUGGCUCGAACAGCAGCAGAUAACAUCAGUAAAAUUAUGGGUAUAGUCGCCGUUGUUUUCGGUUUUGUUGCUCUAGUACUUACUUGUGUGGGUGUUGGUACCAUCCAGUGGUACAUCAGUGGUAAUGCAAACUAUAUAACUAGUGCAACCAAUUUCUUCUCAUACUGUACUUAUGAUGGAACAACUGGAAACCAAAUUAGCUGUUCACAACGCACCGCAUACGCUCAUCCUUUUUGCGAUGCUUCCUACACAGCAUCAACUGUCGCAAUCAGUAAUAGCGAUUGCCACUAUCGAAUGCGAAAUGCGGCUGCUUUAACUCUUGUCGGUAUUAUCCUUCUCGCCUUUGGCAUGGUCCUUACACUUGUAAUGGCAUUGGGAUUAUUAAGCGAAUGGUUCCUCAAUUUAAUCCCCGGUAUCUUACUCUUCCUAGCUAGUCUUUUCAUGUUAGCCGGAUUAGCGGAAGGUGCUCGUUAUAUCGCUUACAAUAGUUAUUCAGCCAGUUUAUAUGAAGCCGGCCAUCUGUUCACAAUACUUUCACUCUUCUUGAGUUCAUUUGCAGGAGGUCGUAUUGCUUUCGCAUGUGGUGGUGGAAAAUAA